AUGGUAAAAGAGAAUACUGGAAAUGAGAAUGAAGAUUCUGAGCUGUCAGUUUGUGCAAAAAACAUCGUGAUUCCCAUGCAUGACAAAAGUAAGGAAGGGCCAACGGUGGACCCCAAAGGCACUUACGGAAACAUACAAACAGAAGAAACUGCCCUCUUGAAUCAUUGUGCUCAGCAGCCUCAGGAACAGAUUGCUGAGUCUUCAACACCUGCAAGAACAUUGAGGCAAAUAUUUGCCUGUCCUCCUCAAGGUUUACUAGCCCAAAUAGUGACAAAUGUUGUGACAGUGGUCCUGGUUUGGGCUGUGACUUGGUCCGUCACUGGGGCUGAGUGCCUCCCAGGUGGAAACCUGUUUGGAAUUCUGUUUCUUUAUUUUUUUGCUGUCAUUGGAGGUAAAAUUUUUGGACUCAUUAAAAUACCAACAUUGCCUCCUCUCCCUGCUCUUCUUGGGAUGUUGCUUGCUGGUUUUUUCAUCCGAAAUACCCCAGUCAUCAGUGACAUCAUCCAGAUAAACCUGCGCUGGUCUGCAGCACUGAGGAAUAUUGCUCUUUCCAUUAUCUUAACCCGAGCAGGACUUGGCCUGGAUCCAAAGGCCCUUAAGAGGCUGAAAGCAGUUUGUCUGCGGCUUUCUUUUGGACCAUGCAUCUCAGAGACAUGCACAGCUGCUGUUCUAGCCUACUUGUUCAUGUAUAAAGAGAGAGUGAAACCAUGUGUCUUCAGUUUUGUUCUAGGUGCUGUUUCCCCUGCUGUGGUGGUGCCCUCAAUGUUGAUAUUACAAGCAGGGGGUUAUGGGGUGGAGAAGGGUGUCCCAACCCUGCUGAUGGCUGCUGGCAGCAUUGAUGACAUCCUGGCCAUUACUGGGUUCAACACCUGUCUUGGGAUAGCUUUUUCUUCUGGUUCUACUCUGUACAACGUGCUUCGUGGAGUGCUGGAGGUAGCUGUGGGCAUUGCAGCUGGGGCGAUUCUGGGAAUGUUUCUUCGGUACUUCCCAAGCCAUGAUCAGGCAUCUCUGGCAUGGAAGAGAUCAUAUUUUGUUCUGGGUCUGUCCAUGUUUGCUGUUUUUGGCAGCAUCCGCUUUGGUUUCCCUGGAUCAGGAGGGCUCUGCACAUUGGCUGUCUUGUACACUAUGUUGCAGAAGGCAGUAGAAAAAAAUGUUGCAGUUGCGUGGAAUGUCUUUCAGCCUUUUCUCUUUGGUUUAAUUGGAGCAGAAGUAUCUGUUAUGUCUCUCAGGCCUGAAACUGUGGGGCUCUGUGUUACUACAUUAGGCAUUGCCCUCAUUGUACGAAUCCUAGUCACAUUCCUGAUGGUGUGUUUUGCCGGGUUUAAUUUCAAGGAGAAAGUAUUUGUCUCGCUGGCAUGGAUGCCCAAAGCCACUGUCCAGGUUAAUCAAGCUAUCCUUUUGCUGUUUCUUCUUGGGGAAGAAGGGACGAACAGCAAGAUAACCAAGCAAAGCCAGCACACCCAGGAAAGGCAAUAA